GCCGGUACCGGGGCGAUGGCGGGGCCGGGGCCGGUGCUGGCGGCGGCGGUGGGGCUAUGGGCGCGGGGGGCGGCGGGCGGGGAGGUGGUGGCGGCGCGUCCCGGGGCGCUGGAGGAGGAGAUCGUGUCGGAGAAGGCGGCGGAGGAGAGUCACCGUCAGGACAGCGCCAACCUUCUCGUCUUCAUCCUGCUGCUCACCCUCACCAUCCUCACCAUCUGGCUCUUCAAGCACCGCCGCGCCCGCUUCCUCCACGAGACCGGCCUCGCCAUGAUCUACGGGGUGCUGGUUGGUGUGGUCCUGCGCUACGGCAUCCACGUCCCCAGCGACGUCAACAACGUGACGCUGAGCUGCCAAGUGCAGACCAGUCCUGCCACGCUGCUGGUGAACGUCAGUGGCAAGUACUAUGAGUACACCCUUAAGGGGGAAAUCAGCGCCCAGGAGCUCAACAACGUCCAGGAUAAUGAGAUGCUGAGGAAGGUGACUUUUGAUCCUGAAGUAUUUUUCAACAUUCUGCUUCCUCCAAUUAUAUUCUAUGCAGGCUACAGCUUGAAAAGGAGGCAUUUCUUCAGAAACUUGGGAUCCAUCCUAGCAUAUGCUUUUCUCGGCACUGCAAUUUCCUGCCUGGUGAUUGGCUCUGUCGUGUAUGGCUGUGUGGCGCUGAUGAAAGUCACUGGGCAGCUCGGGGGAGACUUCUACUUCACUGACUGCCUCCUGUUCGGUGCCAUCGUAUCAGCUACUGACCCAGUGACUGUUCUUGCCAUAUUCCAUGAACUCCAGGUUGAUGUUGAGCUGUAUGCUCUUCUCUUUGGCGAAAGCGUCCUCAAUGAUGCCGUUGCCAUAGUGCUGUCCUCUUCAAUUGUUGCGUACCAGCCAGCAGGCGACAACAGCCACACGUUUGAUGUCACAGCGAUGUUCAAGUCCAUCGGGAUCUUCCUGGGGAUAUUCAGUGGAUCUUUUGCAAUGGGAGCAGCUACUGGAGUUGUGACAGCUUUAGUCACCAAGUUCACCAAACUUCGGGAGUUCCCAUUGCUGGAGACUGGCUUGUUCUUCCUUAUGUCCUGGAGCACGUUCCUGCUGGCUGAAGCGUGUGGCUUUACAGGUGUGGUGGCUGUACUCUUCUGUGGGAUCACACAGGCCCAUUAUACCUAUAACAACUUAUCCACAGAGUCCCAACACAGAACUAAGCAGUUAUUUGAACUUCUGAAUUUCUUGGCAGAAAACUUCAUUUUCUCCUACAUGGGACUUGCACUGUUUACCUUCCAGAACCAUGUCUUUAAUCCUACCUUUGUGGUGGGGGCUUUUCUUGCUAUCUUCCUAGGAAGAGCUGCCAAUAUUUACCCACUGUCAUUUUUACUGAAUCUGGGGAGAAGAAAUAAGAUCGGGACAAAUUUACAGCAUAUGAUGAUGUUUGCUGGGCUGCGGGGAGCCAUGGCCUUCGCCUUGGCCAUCCGUGACACAGCCACCUACGCGCGGCAGAUGAUGUUCAGCACCACGCUCCUCAUCGUCUUCUUCACGGUGUGGGUGUUCGGCGGGGGCACCACGGCCAUGCUGUCCUGCCUCAACGUCCGGGUUGGAGUGGAUGCGGAUCAGGAGAACGUGGGUGUCCCGGAGAGCGAGAGGAGGAGCACGAAGGCAGAGAGUGCCUGGCUCUUCCGCAUCUGGUACAACUUCGACCACAACUAUCUAAAGCCUCUGCUGACGCACAGCGGGCCUCCGCUGACCACCACGCUGCCGGGGUGCUGUGGGCCUGUUGCCCGCUGCCUGACGAGUCCACAGGCCUAUGAAAAUCAAGAGCAGCUGAAGGACGACGACUCUGACCUCAUUUUGAACGACGGGGACAUCAGCCUGACGUACGGGGACUCCACGGUGGCCACGGAGCCGGCGGUGCCGGGCGGCGUGGUGCGGCGCUGCGUGGGGAGCGGCGCCGAGGACGCGCUCGACCGGGAGCUGGCCUUUGGGGACCACGAGCUCGUCAUCCGGGGAACGCGCCUGGUCCUGCCCAUGGAUGACUCGGAGCCGCCGUCCAACGUCCUGGAUAACGCGAGACAUGGUCCGGCAUAAGGUCGCUGGGUUUAACUGACAGUCGUAUCUGCAUAUAACGAUCAAGAAAUAUGUACUACCUAAAGUCUAAUGCAUGUCUCGAGGUGUCUAAGCUGUAUAAAUAUUAUUUAUAUGGUGUCAGAAGAAUAUAAGUAUUCUCUGCCAAGCACUUGUAAAGAACAAGCUGCAAAUUUAAGUUAAAAAACUGUGUUGACUGCACUGUGUAGGGUGGAACUGUUCUAGCGUAAGAGUCUUUUGCACACAGUCAGCUUCUUUAAUGUGUGGUUUGACGAAGGGUUUGGUACCCAGCAGGCGAGGUAAAGGAGUUGACCCCCUGCUCAUCCUUUGAGCCUGGGAGAGGAGGGCAGGGAGGUGCAGGCGAGCGGUGGAACUCGCUUUCUUUUCAGAUGAGGGUUGGUUUGGUUUGGGUUUGGUUUGGUUUAAUUUUGGUUGCUGAUCUUUGGGUAGUCAUGUUUAAAAUAUCAGCAAAAACUCUGCCCACGGUCCCUCUGGCCAGGUGGUGACCGGUGAGAAACUUAUUGCUUAGUGGGUACCUGAGCUGGGACCUGGAGACCUUCUGCUCUUUAGUGACCCUCUGCCCAAGCCCUGCUUCAGUGGCCAAAGCUGGUGGCAAGGCCUGCAGCUGUCAGGCUGCUUGGGUGAGAGCAGGGUUUGUGUCUCUAAGUCACGUUUAGCAGAAGGAGGUGAUCCCACAGAAACUACACUGGGCACGCAGAGAUUUUAGGGCUGAGUCCAUCUUUCAGUUGUGGCUCAAACAGCUUUCUAGAACCAGCCAUCAAAUCCUCAAUUGGCCACUAAAUUACACCUUGGGGAAGCGACCACAUCUUUGUUGAGCAAAUCUCUGCCCCUGCCAUCCCAGCCCUAGCUGAAGGGUGCAGAGCUGCCACAGCUGGGCCCGUGGAGCCCGGCCAACAACCCACAUGAGCUUUAUGGCUACAGAUUGACACGGUACCUCCAGACCUCUCCAGAGGUAUUUGGCAUCCAGGUGGUACCCAAGGGGAGUUGUCUGUCCGUCCUGCAUAGUCAAAGCCCAUUGCACUUUGUUUAAUGACUCCUUAGCAUGCUGUGUGUCUGUAACCCCCACCCCACCUCUCUCAUCUCUCUUACCAUUUAAUGAGAAACAUUUGCCAGUUGAUCGUGGGUUUUCUCUUGUUUAAAUGAACUUGUGUUUUGUUUUCCAAGGAAGAGCACAGAACAAUUUGCGAUUUUGUCCUGGUGUUAAAGGAUUUACUCUGUGGUGAUGAGAAUGGCUAAAGGUGCAGUGGAAUUGUUGACCCUGACAUCCUUCUUUAUUGUUUCACCGCCGAGAAGGGGGAAUCACAGGAAUUUACUGUAUGUGAGUUUAUUGUCUGUUUUAGCUGCGGUUUUGCUAUACAAACCUUUCAGGGUUACCGGUGCACUGCAGGCCCAUUCUGGAGUUAACCCUCUCCAGAGGCCUUAAACAGAGAUGUUUCAAAAGAGAAUAUAUGAGAAAGAGCCAGGGGAGGCCGAGCACUCACAGCGCCCAUUGGCUUUCCUCGCCACAAACUCUGCAUCUCUCAGGAUCCUGAGAUCUCGGAGCAGUUUCCCCAGCAGGAGCUGAGGCCUGGAGGAGGCAGGAGCUGCUGCAGUUCUGACUGGAUGUGGAGAGCUGAGAGAAGAAAUUGAAACUUUUCAUUUCUAUUUGUUUUCGUUUUCUCAGGUCUAAGUAACAUUGCCUUAAAUUCACAGAUGUGGCACUAAUUAUUUUGGCAGUUUAUCCCCAAGAAAAAAAGCUUUCUGUUUUUAUCUUCUGAUCAAAACGUCCAAGUGUUGCCACAGGGCUCCUCUGGCAGGGGGGAACGCUCAGCUGUGCAGGCAGAGCAUCGUCCCCUCCCUGGGGAAGGGCAGUGUCACUGGUAACGGAGCUGUUGGGUUAGUGCUAGCCUCUUUGUUUCCUGCUAUGCAGGAAUUCCAUAAAGUGUGCAUUUUAUAUGAUGUCUCUAACUUAACUUUGUGUGUUUAAAAAAAAAAGCAAAAAAAAAAGGAAAAACCCCCCAAAGUAGGUACCUGCUGAGUUUAGGUUUUACUGCAUCACUUCUACAUCCUGUUCUUUGUUCAUUUUGCCUUUUUGAAGAGGCGUGGUAAGAAACUGCCUCUGGUUUUUCCUGUAGAAUCUGACUGUCAAUUCAAUUUACAAAGCUGGGGUGGGUACAGCUGGAGGUGGGCAGGGGUUCUGCUCCUGGGGAGGGCUGCAGGCAGCACAGGGCUCCCUCCCAGGUACUCCCCCCUCCCUGGCACUCCCCACUCAGAUGGCCACAGCAUAACGUUUCCCAUAGCCUCAGUAAUGUUCCUCCCUUCCCCUGACCCUUCCACUUCAAUAGUUUGUCCACUCCCUUUAAGCUUGCCAGCACCUCACCGUGAGCCUCAGCUUUUGACACCGGUUUUGAUGGUUCAGUUAGUAGGUUAAAGAAAAAACAAUAAUUAACAAAGGGUGAUUUUUUUCCUGGGUUCCCUGUGAACCCUUAUGAUCCAUAUAUCAUAUAACCAGGGCUGUUUGGAGUAGUCCUGGUGAAUGAAUGAAUCUAAGCUGAAAUUCAGCAGUGAUUUAAUACAUGACUCAGACUCAUCCUCAGCUGAUUGUUUUCUUUGUCCUGCUGCAGCAGACAGUAUACAAGUGCCUGGUUUUCAGAGGCAGAGCCCUGAUGGCUUGUGUGCUGCAGGUGAAGUUAAGGGUACCUUGGAGAAUCAGGCACUGAGACCUUUUGCCAAAUAGAUAAGACAGCCCUGAGGAGGCAGUUUCCAGCUCCCAUGAAGAUUUAGAGGUGCCCUUCUUCUGUAAAUUGAAUUUUCACAGGUUUUACACUUGAAAAAGCACUGUAGGUAAAGUUAUGAUUUGUACUGGUACUGUCAAUUUGUGUGGUAAUGGCAUUAACCCCGUAGUUGUGGUGUUUGUGCAGCUGAUCUGUGAUAGCUGAUGAUCACUGUUGGACCUUCUGUUUACACUGACUAAAUCCUUUACUGUUGCAUUGUACUGUGAAAGAAGGAUUAUGGGCCUAUAAAAGAUUUAUUUUUUUCCUGGCA